AUGCUGUAUCCACUCGACAACCCGCGUCUGUCCUUCCUGCAGCGUCUCGCUGAGCAACCGUACCCAGCCAAACCCGAAGGCCUGCCCGUCGCCGACUGGGCGUUCGAACUUUCGCUCACACCCUACGUACCGCUGCUCACCGGCGUAGUCUACCUGAUCGCCACGCACGCCACGAACCACCGAUUCGGUCCGGGCAAACCUCAACCCGCCGACCUGGUCAAACAGUCCUACGGACUCUCGCAGACGGUUCUCGGCCACAACAUCCUGCUAGCCGCCUACUCUGGGUGGACAUUCUUCCACGCUGCCACACGAAUCUUUUCGUACCUCUUCCGCGGAGCUGUCGCGGGUGGGGUGGGUGGUCUUACGAAUGCGUUCUGCACUGUGCCGGUUGCAGACUCCUCCUUCGCAGGUCUGGGUAUCUACGUUUGGCUGUUCUACAUCUCCAAGUACUACGAGAUCAUUGACUCGGUCAUCCUGAUCCUCAAGGGCAAACCUGUAUCGAAUUUGCAGUCGUACCAUCACGCGGGUGCGAUCCUCUGCAUGUGGGCCGCUUACAGGUACAGCGCACCCGCUGUGUUCAUCUUCUUGCUCUUCAACUCACUUGUCCACACCCUGAUGUACACGUACUACUCGAUGACCGCCAUGAAGCUUCCCUUCACCGGCGGACUGAAGAGGAGCAUGACUACGAUCCAGAUCACCCAGCUGGUCGUCGGGUGCGGACUGGCUAGCUCGUACGCGUUCCUGACGUACGAUCCCACGAGCUACGCCGCAGGUGCAGUUCCCAGUCCCGGAAGACACAUUCUCAACCCCGUCAAAGCAGCCUACUCUUCCUUCGACUCCACCAACGCUACGAGCAACACGUGGAUCCCGACAAACUCGAGGGAGGCGGUCCAGCUGCUGAAACAGGCGCUGCUCAAAAGCGUAGGCAAGGACAACACCACCAGCUGCAUCGCCACUUCCGGUCAGCUGUUCGCCGUGGCGUUGAACGUGGCGUACCUCAUCCCGUUGAUCUACCUGUUCGUCAGCUUUUACAUCAGGAGCUAUCAGAAGAAGGCUGCGAAGAAGGGAGGUAAAGCUCAGUAG